ACACAGCUGUUCUUUAAUUUUACAUGGUAAUGGCUCAUGGCGUUUGUGUUUGUAAAAAGAAAGUAAGGUUAUGAUUUAGAAUAUUUUUUUACAUUCAGCAUUACUUUCAAUUAAUAAGGAAAAUCAAACCAUACAUAAGGAUUAUAAGGGACUUAAAAAGUUUUUUAGGCUACUCUUUGACAGCUUGACUGCAUAGUCACCUCAAUCUCAUGUUGGAAGUAUCACUUUGAGAGGUAACAUGGUUUUAGGGCUGAGUUGUAGGCUUUUCAAGCAAUCAAAGUCACUGAUGUGCACUGUUUCUACAUUCAGCUGGAAUCGCUGUGACUCUGUUCGAAGGAUUUCUAUUUAUUGUCCCAAUUACAACUCAAAUCACGACAUUGAUAGAAAUGAAGAACGUCCCAGUUUUGAACAAUCACCUGAAGAUCCAGUUCGGGAUACGCAAGAUCCAUCAUUACAGAAGAAUCAAUAUGCAAAUUCCCCAGAAGGAUCAAAGAUAUUGAAGACAGCUGUGAUAGGACCACCGAAUGUUGGAAAGAGUACACUCAUUAAUCAGAUAAUGGGUAGGGCGGUAUUUGCAAUAUCAAGCAAGGCUCACACAACCAGAUGUCGUGCCAGAGGUGUCUGCAUAGAGGAUAAAGUACAGCUCAUUUUCCUCGACACUCCUGGUCUGGUUGGAGGGUCCGAGACUCAAAAAUUCAAGUUGGAGAGAUCGUUCUUGAUUGAUGGAGAGUCUUCAAUCGAGGAGGCCGACGUCAUGUUGGUCGUUCACGACGUGUCGCAAGGCCAGUACAGCAUGAAGUUGGACCAGCAUGUGUUGAGAUUGCUCCAUAUGCACAAAAAUAAACCAGCGGUUUUAGUCAUGAACAAGAUUGACUGCAUAAAAUCGAAAGGAGUGCUCCUAGAUUUUGUCGACAAGCUCACUGGUUCUGGCCACAGUAAAAAAGGGUUCAAUGUGCUGAAGGAUGAAGUCUGGGCUCCAAAAACUGAGUUUAGCAUACAGAAACAGGUGAAACUGAACAAAGGUUGGCCAUUCUUCAAAGAAGUCUUCAUGGUUUCUGCUUUAGAUGGAAAUGGCAUUGGUGAUAUCAAGGAAUACUUAUUGCGUUGUGCCCAGCCCGGUGAAUGGAUAUUCCCGCGGAAUGCGUUCACAGAUCAGAGUUUCGUGAAAAUAAUCGAGCAGACGGUUCAGGCCGCUUUACUUGAUAAUCUGCCUCACGAGGUGCCUUACAAUCUCACGUCGCAAAUGGAGUACUUCGACCAGAAAAGAAGAAGGCACUAUAACGACAGUGGUAUUGAUAGGCUGUAAUACGCAAAGGAUAGAAAAGCUAGUGGUUGGUCAAGGUGGUAGGAAAAUUCGGAAAAUCUCCAAGGAAGCCGAGCAGCAACUGCAGAAUAUAUUCAGAGUGCCGGUCCGGUUAAGAGCUGUCGUUACGAAAAAGAAGGACAGACAAGUAGACAUUGAUGAAGUGUUAAAGAAUAUCGACGUUCAAUUGAACUGAACUAUUUGUUAGCGUGUGAGUGUUUAUGAGAGAAACUAUUUUGGUAAGACUUUGUGUCUCGGACUUUGAAACUGUUACUGUCACCAUUGUGAACUUUCUCUAAACUACUGAAAAAUAUAGCUACUAUUUUCUGUAAUUGAUACAAAUCAACCAUUUCCAAGAAAGCUGUUAAUAAAAAAAACAAAAGUUGUUAGCCAUUUAUUGAAAGUUUCGGGGGAACUCACAUAAUAGCUUCCUGUCAAAUAUUUUUCAUCUCUAGUAGUGAUUUUUUUUACAAUUCCUAGACAAUAUAUAAUGUAACAUAAUUUUUCUUGUAUAGAGAAUUUAUCCAUUACAAGUUCUCUUGUAGUUUUUUAACGUCUUAGUUGAAGACUAAAAUAGUAUGUCUAGGUUAUGCAUCUUAGUAUGCCUACUGUAAAAUAUCUUCAUGUACAGUUGAAUAUAUUCGAAUAUGUGUUAUAUUGA